AUGCUUUUCGAUUGUCAUUACCACUCUACUUAUGUCAAGUAUCGCCUUGGGCCACUUGUUGAGCAGCCCAUAUUUGGUUCCUACUGGGAUACAAAAUAUUGCUACCCAUACUUGAUCAUCGAACUUAUAGUGUUUCUUGUGUUCUCGCCCUGUUUUCACACCUGCAUCCAAAGAAUCAUAUCAGCUUGUACAAUAGCCCUCGGUCUUCACCGUUGUGAUCGUUCCCUACUCUCUGCACAUUGGCUGCAACAGAUACACCAACGUGAGCGAAUAGUGAUCCAAGACGGAAGUAUACACCUCAACGACAACCGCCUACUCAAGUCAUUCAGCCUCAUUAACAACCCCCCCACUGAUAUCCGCCUGCACGGAACCUCCUCUAUCAACGUCACAUCGUCCCGAGUAUCAUCGCUCAAAGAAAAGCCGGCUGCACCCCCGCUCAUAUAUCCGGCCCCACCGGAUCCGCGAUCGCGGAAGCAGGGGGAACGUAACAAUGACCCUCACACCUCAGACACCCUAUCAAAACCCCAUCGGCUCAAGAUCGGCUCGACCACCACCCCGCAACAAGCUCGACCCCUCCAAAGGCUCAACCACCGAAGCGCACACACAACCACCACAAUCACAAUGCCCUUCCCCUCCAAAACAGCCCUCAUCACAGGCGCGACAUCCGGCAUAGGCCUCGCCCUCGCCGAGCGCCUAAUCGCAAACGGCACUUUUGUCAUCGCCGUCGGCCGCCGCGAAGACCGCCUCGACACCCUCGUCUCCGCCCACGGCGCCGAUAAAGUCGCCGCCGAGCCGUUUGAUAUCGCCGACCUCGCGGCCCUGCCGGCGUGGGUCGAGAAAGAUACCUCAACUGCCAGCCCCCUCCAUCCCACAUAUCGACGACAUGCUAAAACUAACAAACCUUCCAGAAUAACAUCAACCCACCCAACCCUAGACACAAUCAUCCUCAACGCAGGCAUCCAGCGCAGCAUAGACUUCACUUCCCCCUCCACAAUCUCCCUCCCCUCCGUCUCAGCAGAGCUAAUAACAAACUACCUCGCCCCAAUCCACCUCAUCACCCACUUCCUCCCGCACCUCCAAUCUCUCAACACCAGCAUCAGCACCGCUCGAACAACGACAUCCAUAAUCCUCGUCUCCUCGGGCCUAGCCCUCGUCCCGAUCCCCCGCUGCCCAAACUACUGCGCCACCAAAUCCGCCCUCCACUCCCUCGCCUGGUCCCUCCGCGCCCAGCUGCAGUCGAGCCCGUCCUCCGCCCACGUCCGCGUUAUCGAGGUCGUCCCGCCCGCCGUGCAGACGGAGCUGCACUCCCAGCAGCCGGAACUGGUCGCGGCGGGCCAGACCAACUUUGGUAUGCCUCUGGAAGAGUUCACCGACGAGACCUGGGCCGCGCUCGAGAAGGGGGAGGAGGAUGAAAUCAUCGUUGGGCCGGCCAAGAAUUUUGCUCACGUCGAGACGGACAAGAAAAAGAUGUUUGACAAGAUGGCGGAAUCAUUCAAGUCGGGCAACAAAGCAUAG